AUGGCUUGCUUGUCCGAUGCUCAAGAUGAGAGAUGUAACAAAAUUGACUCUCUGUCUCUCUCUGCCUUUUACUUAAUUGCAUCGAGAAGCUCACGAUUCUUCUCUGAUCCAGGUGAUUGGAAGGACGCACCUAUAUUCUUCUUCCUGAGAAGCUUAGAUUCCUCCAUUGAGCAAGAUAGAUGUGCGAGUAACAGGAAGGAGGCUCUUUUCUCCGACGCAGAGAUCUUCGAACCCAGCCUCCUUCGCGCUUUCCUGAGACCAUGGCGGCGCCUCCUCUUUACCUCCCAGAUCUGUACGCUCUUCCGAUCUUUCACCUUUCGAUUGGAGCCUCAUAAGAGAAGGCUUAGGUGUCUUGCUCUUCUUUUCUUCCUCUCUGUUUCCAUGGUCCUUUGGGAUCGUCAAUCUCUCUCCCGUGAUUACCAGCUUGAAUUUUCCAAGUUAAAUGAAGAAGUUAUGCGGUUGCAGCUGUUGUUAGAAGAUGUGAAAAGCGUUGUCUCGGAGGAUGCGUCUGUGAAUAGUACACUGAAGGAUGUUCAGGAAGAUCCCGUUGAUUCCCAGAGCAUGCAGAGAGUAAAAGAGAAAUGA